AUGGGGUGCAUGUGCAGCAGGCCUCAAGUGCUGGAGCACUGGGCGCCGAAAGCCAGACGCUGUGCAAGCACACAAGAGGGGGCAGACCGGAGGCCGCGAUCCUUCUUGAGCCAUGGGCAUUCCCGGGACCUGAAGGCUCAGGCCAAAACCCACACCAAGGCCCAGUCCAGCCGUGUACUGUCUGUGCGGGAAGUGCUGGAGCUUGCCCAAGAUGUGGUUAUGGAAGGCUUCCGAGGCUGCAUUGACCCAUUGACUGUUGCGGCCAUUGCGCUCUUGGAGAGUGGUGGCAACGCGAAGGCUGUCCGAUGGGAAGAGAGUGUGGGGGAGGCACGCCAUGGAUUGUGCAUGAUGCUCUUCUCCACAGCCCGUUGGCUCAUGUCCCUGGGCCACAAUGACUACAUGGCAGGAUCUGCAGCCAGCCUACAGGCACCCAAGACAGCGCUUUACUUUGGUGCUGCCUACCUCAACCACCUGUCGGGGCUCAAUGGACAGCCUCAAUCUGAGGAGUUUGUGGUACAGAGUUACCAUAUUGGUCCCAAGUCUGCUGACCAAUGGGAAGCAGACUCCUCAACAGAUGACUACUGGCGGCGGUAUGUGCAGGCCAAGCGACAGCUGCAACGCCUGUAUGAUGCCAUUGGCAAUGGUGACGGGCCCAAGGGAGGAGAGGAGGCCGAGGAGCCGCUGAUGCACAUCGUUCAGAAGGGGGAGUCGCUCAAAGUCAUUGCAAAGGCAUGCGGUAGCAGUGUGGCUGACAUCCUGUGCGCCAACCCAGAACUGAGCGAUGCCAAGUGCUUGCGGCCAGGUGACUGCAUCGAGGUGCCGCAGCAGGCUCUCUGGCCACGCUUGUACGCUGUGCAAUCUGGUGACAGCAUGGCAUCCAUAGCACGUCGCCAUGAUGUGUCACUUAUGCGCCUGCUCAAGGUGAACCCUGACAUCAAGGGCCAGGCCCACCUGCAGCCAGGCUGGGUGCUGUCCCUCCCUGGGCUGCGGGGUACGACCUGUGAAGCUGAGGACACCCUAGAUUCUAGAGACCUCACAUCGUCGGACAGCGGCCUGUCUUUCCUUGCGGCGAUGGCUGGCAAGCAUGGGAUGUCUAUUGAGGAGGGCCACCAUGGUGAUAGCAGUGGAAUUCAUUGUUCUCUUGAUGGCAUUGGCUUCCGGAGGCCGCACGAGGGCAUUGCACGCCUGGGAGCCAGGUUGAAUGCAUUGAGGGCCAGGGGCUUGAGGGCUUGA